UAGGGUCAGGAUCUCUUGUCACUUUGGGCACUCUCUCUCUUAUCUUUCCUUCUGGCUACACCGCAAGCAACCAAGCUGUCUCUUGUUGGAAGCACAGAAGCACAAUCCCUAAUACCCCAUCUCUCUCUCUCUCUUCUCUCUCUGCUUAUAAUUCUCUUUUAGUUAACCUAAAUGAAGACCAUUAGAGAAAGAGCAAUGUCCAGACAUCAUUCUUAAAGGCGCUACCUAGCUUCUUGCGGCUCUCACUUUCUUACAAACUUUUGGGGAUUUAAACGAGAUUUUGAGGAGUAAGCAUGGAAUUUAGAGCUCAAGAUAACGAGAUGAGGACGUCACCAGGCACAUUGACAUAUAAUAACCAUCUGAGUAAAGAAGGAGGAGGAGGAGGAGGAGAAAGAAGAUCGAGAUCGGCUAACGCGACCCAUAAUCAUAACCAUAAUCAUAAUGGCUCUACAAAUACUAUGAGUUGCACUACUCAAACCCUAGACACUAACUACCCACCUCGUUUAAACUUUCAAAACCAACCCCUGCUGCAUGGGUCUAGAGAUCCGGACCCAGAUCGGGUCACCACCGUACCCAUGACGACCACGUUUUCGCCUUCGGGAGCUUCGGCCAAGUCGUCGUCCAAAACGACCUCAUCGGCUAUCAGGUACCGAGAAUGCCUUAAGAACCACGCUGCUAGCACCGGCGGCAACGUGUACGAUGGGUGCGGCGAGUUCAUGCCAAGUGGCGAAGAGGGAUCUCUGGAAGCUCUCAAAUGCGCGGCCUGUCAGUGCCACCGGAACUUUCACCGGAAAGAGAUCGACGGCGAGUCUCAAUUAUACAGUCCGAGCUCGAGAAGAUCGUCGAGUACAAAUGCCACUACUCUGAUGCUCAACGCUCUACAACUCCCUCCCCCAUUACCAUCUCCAUCGGGGUUUCAUCACCACCACCAUCACCACAAGUAUUUUAACCACCCGCCGCCGAUCAUUCAGCCGAUGAAUGUGGCUUUCGGCGGGGGAGGCACCGAAUCUUCGAGCGAAGAUCUUAAUGUUUACGGCUCCACCGCCGAGGCUGCGGCAGUUCCUCCGCCGCCUUUCGGGUCGAAGAAGCGGUUUAGGACAAAGUUCACGCAGGAGCAGAAGGAUAAGAUGUUGGAGUUUUCGGAGAAAGUAGGGUGGAGGUUUCAAAAGCAAGACGAGGAAGAGGUGGAGAGGUUUUGUGCUGAGGUUGGGAUUAGACGACAGGUUCUCAAGGUUUGGAUGCAUAAUAACAAGAGCACUAUGAUGAAGACUAAGCCUCAAGACGCGAAUAUGGUCAUGAACGAUGAUAACAUGGUCAGCUCAAAUAUUGAUAUUCAUCAGUCUAUUGAUGAGGUAAGUGAUAAUCAUGAUGAACCAGUUCUAGAUCAGGAAGAAGUAUUAGAUACAUAGACAUAUAUAUAUAUAUAUUUAUAUAUAUAUAUUAGAUGAACUUUAUUUAACUAUCUUUUUAUGUGUAAGAGCUAGCUCUCUUGGUGAUGAUCAGGUUACGUAUGGGUGUUAGAGGAGGGCAUUGAUGAUGAGGAUGAUGAUGAUCAAAAUUUAAGUUGUAUGAUUCUUAGAUACCAUGCACCUUAUUAUUAUUAACUAUAUUGUUUUGUUUUGUUUUGUUUUGUUAUUCUCCCUCUUUAUGUUUAUGUUUAUGAUGAUGACUUUGUUUUUAGUGUU